AUGUCGGUAGAUCGUAGUUGGAUGUAUGAGCGACUAGAUCAAAAUGGCUUCCUGAAUUCUGAAUUUGAGGUUGGAGUAGAGACAUUUCUAAAUUUUGCCUAUUCACAAGUACAGUUUACAUGCCAAGAUAAAAUUCGUUGUCCAUGUUCUAAGUGUCAGAAUAGAAAAUUUCAAAAUAGGCAAUAUGUUACUUAUCAUCUUUGCAAAAAUGGAUUUGUUGGAGGGUAUACUAAGUGGAUUGCGCAUGGUGAAUUUAUCACUCAUGAAAUAAAUUCUGAACAACUUGAGGAGCAGUCUACUGAUUAUCUUGCUACAACCAACAAUGUCAAUGAUUAUAGAAGCAUGGUCACAGAAGCAAUGGAUAUAAAUUGUGGUACAUUUGGAGUUGGUAAUUCUGAAAUGGACAAUCAAACCAUGGAACAGAAUUUAGAAGUUUCAAAAUUCUAUGAAUUGUUACAUGAUGCAGAUGUGCCGUUAUGGGAAGGCUGCAAUAAUCAUACCAAGUUAUCUGCUGUAUCUCAAUUACUGAACUUAAUGUCAGAAUUUCACAUCAGUCAUAGUUGUUUUGAUAAGUUUAUGGGAACAGUAAAAAGUAUGCUACCAGAAGGAAACCUCUUACCGGAUAAUUUUUAUAAUACGAAGAAGAUGAUGUCCACUCUAGGCCUUGGUUAUACAAAAAUCGAUGUUUGUGUAAACAAUUGUAUGUUGUACUUUCAAGAAAACAUCGACAGAACAUCAUGUACAAUAUGUGGUCACCCUCGAUAUAAACCAAUACAAUCAUUUAUGGGGCGACGAAAAAAGAGACCAUUUAAAGUGUUGCGAUAUCUGCCUUUGAUUCCCAGACUCCAAAGACUUUUUAUGUCAUCCAAAACUGCUCAGCAUAUGGUUUGGCAUGCUUCUAACCAACAUGUAGAUGGUAGUAUGGUGCAUCCUGUUGAUAGUGAGGCAUGGAAACAUUUUGAUCGCACCCACUCUUGGUUUGCAUCUGAUCCAAGAAAUGUUCGGCUUGGAUUAUGUACUGAUGGAUUCAACCCUUUUGGACAACGGUCUAAGCCGUAUUCUUGUUGGCCCGUAAUUGUUGUAGUUUACAAUUUACCUCCAUGGAUGGCAAUGAAAAAACCUUACAUGUUUCUGAAUAUGGUAAUUCCAGGUCCUAAAAGCCCUGGAAAAAGCUUGGAUGUUUUUUUGAGGCCUUUGAUUGAUGAGUUGAAAAUAUUGUGGCAUGAAGGAGUUUGGACUCAUGAUGCAAAUUCUAACCAAAACUUUCAAAUGAAAGCAGCACUGUUAUGGACAAUAAGUGAUUUUCCUGCAUAUGGUAUGUUAUCUGGAUGGAGCACACAUGGUAGAAUGUCAUGUCCAUAUUGUAUGGAAAAUAGUAAGGCCUUUGUACUUCAGCACGGUGGGAAGCCAUCUUUUUUUUAUUGUCAUCGUCAAUUCCUUCCUAUUAACCAUCCAUAUCGAAGACAGAAAGAUAAAUUUAAAAAAGGUUUCAUAGAAAAAACUCCUCCUCCUCCUCGUAUGACAGGUGAUGUUAUACAACAUCGAGUUAAUUUGUUGAGUGAUGUUGUGUUUGGAACAACUACUGGCAAGCAAACUAUACCGGGGUUUGGAGUACAGCAUAACUGGGUAAAAAAGAGUAUAUUUUGGGAGCUUCCAUAUUGGCAAUCAAAUUUACUUCGACAUAAUUUGGAUGUUAUGCAUAUAGAAAAGAAUGUGUUUGAUAAUAUAUUCUACACAGUUAUGGAUGUGAAUGGAAAAUCAAAGGACAAUAUCAAGGCAAGACAAGAUUUGAAAGUCUAUUGCAAUCGUCCUGAGUUGGAAUUGUUGUAUAAUAACGGUAAAGUAUACAAACCUAAAGCCACUUAUUCUUUGAAUAAAGAACAUAAACGGUCAAUUUGUCAGUGGCUUAAGGAUUUGAGGUUACCUGACGGCUAUGCUUCGAACAUUGCUCAGUCUGUUAGUGUGAAUGAUUGUAAAUUUUAUGGAUUAAAAAGUCAUGAUUGCCACAUAUUGAUGCAAAGACUGAUACCAAUUGCAUUUCGUGACAUAUUGCCUAAAGCGGUUUGGGAUGCUUUGACUGAGUUGAGUCAUUUUUUUAGAGACAUAACUGCAACCACACUCACAGAAGAAAAUAUGAAUAUCUUAGAGAAAAAUAUUGUUGAGAGUAUUUGCAAGAUGGAGAAGAUAUUCCCACCUGGUUUCUUUGACUCAAUGGAGCAUUUACCUAUUCACUUGGCAUACGAGGCAAAAGUAGAUGGACCUGUGCAAUAUCGUUGGAUGUAUCCCUUUGAACGAUACCUUUUUGACUUGAAGAAAAAAGUCAAAAAUAAAGCUUCUGUUGAGGGUUCAAUUGUUGAAGCAUAUCUUAUUGAGGAAAUUUCAUCUUUUUGCUCACACUACUUUGAGCCAUCUAUCUCGACAAGGCUAAAUAGAGUUCCAAGAAAUGAUGAUGGUGGACAUGUAGAACCUAUGGGACGCCUUUCGAUUUUCACUCAUGCAGGUCGACCUUUUGGGCAGUUGGAACAUGGCAGAAUGUUGUCAAAUGAAGAGUACUAUGCAGCACAUUUAUAUGUGUUAUUGAAUUGUCCUGAAAUUGAUCCGUUUAUUGAGAUUUUUGAUUCUCAUUUUCGAGAAACAAUACCAAAUAUCAGCGAUCAACAAAUUGAGCAAAUGCGAGAGCGAGAACUGGUGGGAAGGAACGAAGUUGAUAACUGCAUUUAUCAAAUAGCUCAAGGGCCCAGCCGAAAAGUACAACCAUAUAAAGGAUAUUUUGUGAAUGGAUUUAAAUUUCAUCGACAUGAUUAUGGCAGAGAGCGAAAAACAUUAAAUAGUGGUGUAUGGGUCAAAGGAAGUUGUUAUAAUGAAUAUGAAAGUGAUUACUAUGGCUUGUUGAAUGAGGUAUUAGAAUUAGAGUACUUUGGAGAGAAAAACAAGAUAAUCCUUUUCAAGUGUGAAUGGUUUGACACUAAUAGAGGGGUAAGGGUCCAUCCUCAACAUGGUCUUGUGGAAAUCAAUGUCAAAUUAAGGCUAGCAUCAUCUGAUCCAUUUAUUUUAGCUCAACAAGCUCAUCAAGUUUGCUAUAUUAAAUAUCCUAAAAUCAAUAAAGUCAGAGUUGACUGGUGUGCGGUUUUCAAAACCAAAGCUAGAAGCACUUACAAUAUUGGACCUUCCAUGGUUAACAACAAUUCAAAUGAGCAAAACUCCAAUGAUGUUGCUUAUCAAGAGGAUGAUGUCUCAAGACCUCAAGAAAUUGUACCAACAACCGAACUUGAUGAUCCCACAAUGUUACUUGAUUCAAGUAGUAUGGUUGAGGUGGAUGUUAAUGAAUUGCAACAAGUGCAACAACCACUUGAAGUGGUGGAAGAUGAAGAUGAGGAUGUAGAGGAAGAGGAAGAGGGAGAGGAUGAGGAAGAGGAAGAAGACACUAAAGAGUCAGAUGACGAUUUAGAAGUUGAUGGUAGUGAUAGUGAUGAUGAUGUCAACUUAGAAGAUGAUUCUGAAUGA